GCCACAGUCAACCACCGGUCGUCGAUCGUUAUUCGGACAGGAAGAGACCUAUUCUCAGAGGAAAAAGUGAUUCCAUCAAUGUGUGUUGUGUUGCAGACUUAAGAAUAUAUUGCCAAACCACGUCGCUCGAAUCGAGCUGUGCAGCCUUGGCAUAGUUUUGGGUGGGAAAAUAACAAUUUCCAUACAAACAGCAGCCCCAGUUGUGAGUGGUAAAACAAACACGUGUAAAAACGAAUAUCCGCAUGAUGGUGUGCACAGUGGAAAAAAAAAUCUAGAUAAAAUAUUGAAUGUUUUCACCUGACGGUAGUAGUACGCGAAAAUCUACAAUUUCAUUACCGUGUCUCAAAGUGGUAAAGGCCUCGAGGACUCUGCGGAUCCAGCGUGUGUAGCAUCGAGCCCCAUUUCACCAUAUCUGUGAUUAAACACUAUACUGGAAGCGAGUAGCGGUGCUACCGGUGAUCAAUAUUGAAUAUUGUGUAGCAGUUUCCACAUCAAAUUCUCCCAGACUGAACCGUGAAAAGUGCCGGAAAAUAGCACCCCAAUUAGAGCAUGUCAACACAGAGAAUUUGGACUGUGGAGGGAAAACGAGAUGGUCGACUAAACUCCAACAGCAAAAACAGUAUAAACCACAGCGAAACACUUCCCUCCGAUGAUCCAGGCAGCCUAGGCGCCAACCAUUCCCCCAACCCGUAUCUGGUGGGAGUGCAAUCAAGAUUCCGCCGCCGCUAUUAUCACAAGUUUACCGUUAUAGCGCUGAUCGUUAUCGUCGUAAUUUUGCUGAUUGGAAUCGUCGUGCUUGCCUGUUUACUCCACUUUCCGCCAACCAUUUGUCGCAGCCCGGAAUGUCUCCGGUCGGCGGCAGCCCUCAAGCAAUCCAUGGACAUCAGCGUAGAUCCUUGCGAUGACUUCUACAGCUACACCUGCGGGAACUGGGCCGAUGAUCAUCCUCGCCCGGAAACAUAUCCCAGCUACGAUUGGUUCACCGAGCGGCAGUCCAAGAUUCUGCGGAACAUCCGCCGGUAUCUUCAGCAAAACGACAGCACCGAUGAUCCGCAGCCUGUACAGCAGGCAAGAGCCAUGUAUCGGGCGUGUAUGAACUUGACCGCCAUGGACGCCCUUGGAUAUGACUACGUGUUCACCCUGCUAAACGAUAUGUAUCUUCCGAGCUAUCCAACAAUUCUAAAUCUCACCGCUGUCGAUUACGAAAGUUACGACUUUGACUGGAUUCGAUCUCUGGCGAAGGUGAAACAGUUGCUGGGGAUGGACAUCCUGAUUGGCUUUGACGUAUUUCCCGAUCCGAGAAAUCGAGACUACAACAAACUGGCGCUUGGUACCCCUGAGGCGGCAUCCGAUUUGCCAUUCAACGAUAACGUCAUGAAGCACAUUACGCGAGUGAAACACAAGAUAAUAGUGAGAGAAACGGAUGACGAGGAUGUAGAUGAAGCAGAGGAAGAUACCGGUUACAUGAAGGCAUACAAGAAUUUUAUGAUUGGUACUAUGAAAAUCCUAGUGAACAAUUCCGAUUCCAAAGCCGAGCUGGAGUCAUUCGACGACAGUUUCAGCAAAGCGGCCGAUGUCUACGUAAGUAUGUCCAAAGUUUUCAUGAAGUUUGAAAAACAAGCUGAUAACAUCUCCAAAACUAACGACACCGAGGAUAGGCUGAAUCUGCAAGAUUUGGUCUACGUGAACUUGGAUGAUCUUCAAAAUAUGACUGACCGAGGGUCGGCUUCUAAGGAACCACUUUCAGUGUGGAAACGCUAUCUGCACGAUGUCUUCGAUGGCAUCCCAGAGGCACAACUGAAUCUAAACGACCUCAUCAUCCUGACAAGCAACACAGAUAUUUUCUAUCUGCGACUGUUAGUGGACUACCUAUCACAAACCCCUCUUGUUCACAUCGAGUUGUUCAUUUGGUAUACGGUAGUCGAAGAGCUGAUCCUCCACACGACGGCAGAAAUACGAAGAUUACACUACGAGUACUACAAGAUGGUGAUGGCGAUGGAAGGAUACACCCCGCGGUCACUGUACUGUGCCGGGGCGGUGAAUAAGUUGAUGGGAAUGGCGGUUAGCUUUGCGAUUACCGAGCGUAACUUCCUGCAGGACACGAAACCCAGAGUGGAGAAGAUGUUGAAGUAUAUCAGGGAUGCGUUCGAGCGAUUGGUACGGGAUACAACCUGGAUGGAUUGGAACACCAAGCAGUCUACCUUGGAGAAGUCCAAAGCAAUGCGUAGUUUAAUUGGCUUCCCCGAGUGGAUACUGGACGAGAACAAGCUUGAGGAGUAUUAUGAAAAGUUGGAGAUCAACGACACGCGUCAUUUAGAAAAUAUGAUUCAGAUCAUAGAGCAGCGAAACGUCCGGAAGCUUCGCCGGUGGAGGAUGAAAAACAUUCUCAGCUGGGAUACGAUUCCGACCAAUGUGAACGCAUUUCAUACCUUCCAGGAUAACGCUAUCACCAUUCCGAUUGCUAUUCUGCAGUAUCCAUUCUACCAUUUGGGCCUAGAAGCGCUGAAUUAUGGAGCCAUGGGAACGAUCUUGGGGCACGAGCUUACCCAUGGAUUCGAUGAUAGUGGUCGUCAAUUCGACAAGGAAGGUAAUCUGAAGCAGUGGUGGACGAACAGCACGGUCCGAGAAUACGUUAACCGCUCGGCCUGUUUCGUGCAACAAUACAGUGGCUAUUACAUUCCAGAAGCGGAUGAUCACAUUGAUGGUUUGCAAACACUCGGUGAGAACAUCGCCGAUAAUGGCGGCUUGCGGGAAGCUUACUCAGCGUACAAAAUCUAUACACAGAAAAACGGCAGGGAGCCGCUGCUGCCAGGAUUUGAAAACUACACUCAUGAACAAUUGUUCUUCAUAUCUUUUGGCAAUCUAUGGUGUGAGUCGCACACGGCUUCCGCCGCUAAGGCCGCCUUGGAUGACAGCCAUUGCCCAAGCUGGAUUCGCCUAAAAGGAGUACUGACAAAUUCACCCGAAUUUAGCCAGACGUUCGGUUGCAAGCGGGGCAGCGGAAUGAACCCAGUCGGGCGCAAAUGUCGAAUCUGGUGAAUAUCAAUUGAAUUAAAAAAAACUGUGUGAUUUUGUUCAACGUAUAAGUGAUUGAUUUCCUAAUCGAAACGUGUG